CGCGCCCGUUGCGUAGCAACCAUGUCGGUGCGGCGGGCUCGGAGCCCUCUUCAGCGAGUGCAGCGGAGCAGCCGGGAGCUACAGGCGCAGGUGGAGGCGCUGUGGGCGGAGAGCGCGGCCCUGGCCCCCGGGCAGCAGAAGGCCCUUUCGCAGAGAUGUAUGCAGCUGAAGAAAUUGGUGGAUGAGAAUACAGAUGCUCUUCACAAUUUGAAAAAAGCUGAUGAGCCUGCACCCGUGGGAAAUUAUAAUCGGAGGAAAGAAGAAGAAGAAAAGCUUUUGCUAAAACUCUCUCAGCAGCUGCAAAAACUUGUUCUUGUCUUGGAUCAGGAUAAUGUGACUACAAAUUAUGCAGUGGAUGAGGAACAUCAGAAAGAUCCUCAAACAGAAGAUGAAAAUGAAGAAGAGGAUGAGAGUGAAGAUGAAGAAAGUAGUGAGGAGGAAGACAGUGAAGAAGCAGAUGAUGAUGAUAAAUUGUUGGAUGAUCCAAAUGUUAAAGAAUGUAUUGCAGUUGGAAACUUUAGUGCACAGCAGGAAGAGGAUCUCACAUUUACAAAAGGUGAAGUCCUACUUAUACAUGACAAGAAGGUGGAUGGCUGGUGGGUAGCAGAAAACUCAAAAGGGGAAAGAGGCCUUGUUCCUAGAACCUAUCUUGCGGUCCAUUAUGAAGAUGCUGACAGCCAAGAGCAAAGUGAAGAACACAUAGAAGUGGUGGAUGAAACAGCAGAUGGAACUGAAAUUAAAAAAAGAACAGAUUCUCACUGGAGUGCUGUAAGAAGAGCUGUCACAGAAAAUGACACAGUAGAAGUUCUGACAACCAUAGGAGCAGUUCCUGCAGGAUUCCGCCAGUCCACACUUUUCCAGCUUUUAGAGGAAGGCAAUCAGUUUCGAUCAAGUCACUUUUUGCAGCCUGAACUUACUCCAUCACAACUGGCUUUCAAAGACUUGGUGUGGAACUCUGAAAAAAAUACUAUCUAUCCUAGACCAACUCGAAUAUCCCUGAUUGUGACUUUAUGUAGCUGUAAAAUGAUUCCUCUCCCAGGAGUUAGUAUACAGGUUCUCAGUAGACAUGUUCGACUCUGUCUGUUCGAUGGCAAUCAGGUGCUGAGUAACAUUCACACAGUGAGAGCUACGUGGCAACCUAAAAAUCCUCAAAUGUGGACCUUUUCUCCAAGGGUAACAGGCAUUUUACCCAGCUUGCUUGAUGGUGACUGUUUUGUCAGGUCCAACUCUCUGUCUUCAGACAUUGGGAUAUUAUUUGAACUUGGCAUCACUUAUAUUCGCAAUGCAACAGGUGAAAGAGGAGAACUAAGCUGUGGCUGGGCAUUUCUGAAGCUUUUUACUUCUAAUGGAAUGCCUGUUCCUUCCAAGAUGUAUGAGCUGCUGUUAAAUGGUGGUACUCCCUAUGAGAGAGGCAUUGAGGUUGACCCAUCAAUAUCAAGACGAGCAGGCAGCAGUGUUUUUCAUCAGUUUAUAACACUCAAGAAACAGCCUGUGCUUGUAGUGAAACUGCGGUCAUUAAGUGCACAGUCAAAAGACAUCCUGAAUUUGCUACCAGAAACGUUAAUUGGCAGUAUGUGCUACAUCCAUAUCUUGAUAUUUUAUCGACAAAUACUUGGUGAUGCGCUCCUGAAAGACAGUGUAAGCAUGCAAAGUGCAGAUUUAAUCUUUAAUCCUAUUUUAGCAACUUUCCCUCAACUCAUGGAUGAACCAGACCUGAUGGAUGCACUUCGGAGUGCUUGGGCAGAUAAAGAAAGAACGUUGAAGAGAUCUGAGAAGAGAGAUCAAGAAUUUCUGAAGUCUGUGUUUGUCCUGGUGUACCACGACUCUGUUUUCCCUCUGCUCCACUCCACUCUCCUCCCUGACUACAAGUGGGCUGAGGAAGAGUCUGAAGCAUCUCGUUGGAAGGCGAUUGCUGACUUCUUGAAAAAGAGCCGAGAGAAUGACGGUGCCCUUCAGUAUCUGCUCUCAUCAGAAAAUACUCACAAAGCCUUUGAUAUCUCAGAGCUGACUUAUGAUUUCUUAGGAGAAGUGAGAAAAAACAGUGCUGGAGUAUGAAUGGAUUACGGAAGAACAAUACAGGCUAUGUAAGAAUAGGUUAACGAUAUAAAUUAAUUCUUACAAAAAAAGAAACUGUGUACUAUCUGAAUUGUAAUGACUUAUUUAAC